GCAUUCUCCCCUUGACCUUCGCCUUUCUGUGCUCUGGUUUUGUUUUUCGUUGUCGCACAGCUUUCACGAGCUACUGGCCCUUUUGGUUUUGAUUCCUAGAAAAGCGAGCGCACGCCAUCGUCUACCAGCCGCCGUAGCGUAGAUUUGGCUUCUUCUCUGUUUAACGCUCUCAAUCCCUUUCCUUACACCCACCUCCUCCCGAAGUACGGCCGCGAUGCGUGGCGAGGAGUUCAGCGUCGAAGGCUGCCGGCGGUACCUCGCAGACCGCGGAUACAGCGUGCAGGGCCCGGACACGCGUCACGUGGUGCCGCUGGGAGUUCAGGAUCCCACGGAACACUCUCUGUGUGAUGGUUUGGUCGGCGUCUACUCCAACGGGCUCCACAUCGGGGCGAUCUUCCUGAUCCUGGGUGUGUCCUUCCUGGGCACUGCGAUCCCGAUCGCCGGCAAGUUCUUCCCUGUCCUGAGCCGCUACCCCUUCGUCUUUGUUAUUGCGAAGACGGCCGCCACCGGCGUGCUGCUCUCCGUGUCGACGAUCCACCUGAUCCACGAGGGUGCGAUGGCGUUCAGGGAAGAGUGCAUGGACGAGACGUUGAAGCUGUACAAGCCUGCGUACUUCCUGUUUGCCCUCGUUGCCGUUCUGCUGAUGCAGCUGCUGGACAUCCAGCUUGGCGAGAUUGCGGAGCGCUGGCUGAAGGCGCAGUCGACUGCGGACGCCGCCGCCGCUGCUGAGGAGGCGAGUGCGCUGGCGGAUGAAGGCGACGCCGCAGAGCAACCGCCGCAGCAACCGCAGGAGCGGGACGGCAACUUCGUUGAGUUGGAUGCGGGGCUGACUGGCGAUGCGCCGGACGUGGAUGCGGCCGGGUGUGACGCUGUGGUGGCGCCUGCGAAGGGCGUGUCCGAUGACUCGACCCCUGCUGAGAAGCCGAAGCGUGACGACUGUCCAGCUGCCCUUGCCGUGAACGAAGCCCCAUCGUGCCCCUAUGCACACGCCAGUGAGCACCGCGCUGAGUCGAAAGACGACGACUUCGCCGCUCAUGGUCACCAGCACUUGGCGGUGCGGCCGCCGCGUGACAUGAACUCGAUCCGCCGGGUCAUCGCCGCCGUCUGCAUGGAGUUCGGCGUGACGUUGCACAGCGUCUUCGUGGGCCUGGCAGUCGGGCUGACAACCGACGCGGAACUGAGACCGCUGAUCGUGGCGCUUGUGUUCCACCAGAUGUUCGAAGGCAUGGCGAUGGGGUCGCGUCUUGUGGAUGCCGACUUCCAUGCGGGCCUGGAGGUUGUGCUGGCCCUCGUGUUCUCCGUCAGCGCACCGGCCGGCAUGGCUGCCGCGACGAUCGCGGUGUCGGUGUCGCGUGAUGCGAUGACUGGCACUGGCUUUGUGACGCUGAUGGGUGUGCUGGACUCGCUCUGCGGCGGCAUUCUGCUGUACCUCGCCUUCACGCUGCUGCUUGGCGACUUCGUGGCGGACCUGAAGCACCACUGCGCGGAUGGCCGGCCCUACCGUCUGUGGAAGAAGAUCGGCAUGUUUGUGGCUCUGUGGAUCGGCAUGGGCCUGAUGGCCCUCGUCGGCAACUGGCUGUAG